CUAAAUUUAGGACCUGCCUUUCGGUGUUGCAGUAGGCACGGAAGCCUUCCUGUGCUUCACUGAAUAGCUGGAGGGGGCCAGCCAGUUCGCCAAUGCGUGGAUAUCCACCAUUGAUGGCUGGUCGGGUCGGCCCGGAACUGUGGGAUGGCCGGGCGGGCACUAUCGCAUACCCCGGUCGGUCCGCCCGCAGCCUUCACUUGGUAGUCUGCGGCCAGUCUACGCCAGCCCAGCCUCCGACAGCCGUAUACACCAGCUGAGAGUCACAGGCUUUAGGACGCCGGAGUGGCGCAGCUUGGCGCGCGGUUAUCUCGUCAAAGGUAACGUAGCAGUUGCGGUCGCUGCUCACGCUUUUCUCUUUGCUUGUGCUAGCUCAUGGCCUCGGCUCUACAACGUCAUGUUCGCUUGUGCGUGUUGUGUUUUUCAAGCACGUCAAUAGCACAGGGAUAAUCGCCCCAUUGACUAGUGUUGCGGAACUAGCUAAUGCGUACAUAGACCAGAGCGGAAGGCGGAGUGGGCUUGCAGGUGUAAGCGUAGGGUGCGCUACAUGUCCGUUACGCACGAGGGAAUGCCAAUACACACCCAGAGGGUGCCAGACACGCGUGUGGGUUUCACACGGCGGAGUGUCCCAUGCACGAGUCACACAGCGUUUA